UGCUGUCCAGAUCGAUAGAGUGGGAGAGGCGCGGCUGCGGCUGCAACACCGAGCAAAAUAAUAUCAAAUACGCUGGCAAGGCAGACAGCCGAGUGAGUCGAGCGGCGGACGGUGCCGGCGAAGCACGUAUGAAGUAAAAUCUCAAUCACCAAGUGACUAUUUUCACAUUUUUGUACCUGAUCCAUAUACUCUCGUCAUCAAAAUGGGAACUCUAGAAGAACAAAUCGUCAUGACACCUUUGAAAAAGGCCCCUGGCUGCACUUCUCUGCUUGUGGAGCGGCAGAAAAGGGUGAUCGUGGAGAACGGCGCCGCUGGCGACACGCACGUCGCAGGCGGCGCCCACCACGGACUUGUGAUUAACAAGCGCGAAGGAGGAGCUACUGAACUGACGCCAGCUCAACUGGCACUUGAGUUUCGAGUGUUCCUCGUUUCAGCGCAAACCGGCAAGCAUGUCAAAGAAAGCAGGACUCUACGAUUUUGGUGCAGCUGUGCCGAGGAGCAGCAGGCGACGCUUGCCCAGGACUUUUUCAAACAUCUCGUCAGUCCAAACGAUUUCCCCAGAGAUUAUGUCGGCUUUAUUAAGAAAAUAAUGAAACUGAUGCAGAAUGGCUACAAGGGCCUUGACAAAAUUGAAAUUGAGCUGAGGCAGCUGGGCGAGACAGAGGAAGUUCCAGAAAGACCCGAGUCGGCUGACGAAGGCGCUACGGGCAAACGAGUGGAGCUGACGGAAGAGCGACUGAUGCAAGUGAUUGAAGCUGCCUACCCCAAUCCUGUUACCCUGACAGAUCUGGCCAAGGAAAGAUUUUGGGAUGAAGACCAGCUGUCUGAAAUGUUUGCUGACCUUCAAACCAGAGGUUUGGUGCACGCCUUGGCUGACCAACCAGGUCACUUUACAAGAGCCUCCCACUCUCAGACUGAUGUUGUUCAGGUGGUGAAAGCCAUGCCCAAGGUAGUCGCUUCAAAGCAACCGACUAUUGCCGUCGUUACUUCCCUCUACUGUGAGAAGUUGGCUGUUGAUUCAAUGCUGUCCGAUACAGAAACCUAUGUCAGAUUCACCACUGUAGGGGAGUCAAAUGUCUACACCCUUGGAACUCUAGGAUGCCAUCGAGUUGUUACAACUAAACUGCCAACCUCAGGACACACUAGAGAGGCCAUGACUGCAGCUGGAAAUACAACCACCAGACUUCUUGGCACAUUCCAGCAAGUUGAAUAUGUAUUCCUGAUCGGUGUUGGAGGUGGAGUUCCGCACUACACUGAUGAGUCAAAACACGUUCGUUUGGGAGAUGUGGUUGUUUCCCACCCUGGAAAUCCUCCAAAAGGCUAUGUGUAUUGCUACUGUGACUCGCUGAACCAGGACCAAGAAGGAAACUGUCAGUUUGAGACGAAGAAGUGGUGUCCCAAGAGUUUGGAACUGCAGUCGUUAGCGCAGAAAGUGAAAGAUGAGGCUGACGCGGGUGAGGAGCCAGCGUGGCUGAAGCAUUUGCUUGCAGCCCAGGUGCACUUGGGAAGAAACAAUGAAUCUGAGAGUUCUAUCGACUUCACAAGACCAUCAGAAGAAACAGACAAAUUGUACAUGAACAUUGGCCCGCGUGAAGUUAUUGAGGUUGCACACCCAGUUCCAUCGGAAGGAGCUAAUCCAAGGUUGGAAGGUUGCCCACGCUUGCACCUAGGGUGCGUAGCUUCAGGUCGCUAUGUCGUCAAAGACGAGUCAUGCAGGCAACAAUUCGCCUCCAAAAACGAAAUUCUUGCUUACGACCCUGAGCUGGACGCCGCAGUUCAAAGUGUGCAAGGAAAUUGCAGAGACAACUUCAUGUCCAUCAGAGGCAUCUCAGACUACAGGGAUGGCUCCCGACGAAACGACUGGCAGCCGUACUCUGCCCUCGCCGCUGCUAGUGUCAUGAAAGCUAUAGUUCUAGGAAUGGAAGAGCCAGUUGAUAAUGAAUAGUCUUUUUUGUAACAAAAAGGAAACUAUGGGUUUGUUGUGUUUCCAUUUAUCAAAUGUGUCCACAAGCAUUGUUUUUUUUUUAGUUUAAAUUUAAAACAGAUGGAAUGCACCCAGGGAAACAGUUGAAUGUGCCAUAAUCAUCAGACAAAAUCUUGACCGCACAAAAAUUAAUGUACGUUGGAUUAUACCACAUGUUCUGUAAUUUUUAUCUCGCACAUGAAUGUGUAACCUGUAUAGAGAGAUCAAUCCAAAUAGCUUUUGUGUAUUCACUAACUUGACUUUGGUUCAAAAUUAAAGUUUUAAAUGGACCUAGUCAUAGGUUGAUCAUCCUGAUUGCAUGACUGACACUGUAGCGUAUUUAAAGUUAAGUCAAUGAUGUUAAUCUAUUAUUUAUUUGAUAUAAAUAUGCUUCCGCAGUAACGGAUUUUGUAAACCUUCACUGUUCUAUGUCAUAUCAGCUCAUUUAUUUUGCAAAAUAAAAUUGAUUUGAGAUUAGAAA